UGCGCAUUAGAGGAGCCGUUCGAAAAUGGCGUCCCCCCGUCACAACACCCAUGGGCAAGAGCCCAGAGGUCUCGCACAUGCGCAAUGGUGCCGCGCGGCGGCUGGGCGCCGGCUUGCGACGUCACGCGAGCGACGAAAGCUCGCCACGUCAGGCCCGCGCAGGGCCGCCGCGUCGCUUCCGCCUCUCGCGAGGCGGGCGCCUGCGCCCUGCGGCGCCCGGCGACUUACUUCGCGCCCGCCGCCCUGCCCCGGCGCAUGCGCCGUGAGCGGCGCGGCGUCUGGGCCAGCCAGCGGGGGGGCCCGGCGGGAUCAUGUCCGGGGUGCAGCGCAUGAGGGUGGCCAACGAGCGGCACAGCAAGAGCAUCACCCAGCGCGGGGGCCUGCACCGCGCCCCGAAAGCCCCCCCGGAGGAGAAAGCCGCCGUGGGGCCGUGGUUGCUGGCCCUGUUCGUGUUCGUGGUCUGUGGCUCAGCUAUCUUCCAGAUAAUCCAGAGCAUCCGCCUCGGAGGAUGAUGGGAAACGCCGCUCUCCCUCCCGCUCCUCUUCUCAGGGAAUUCUGGGAUACCUCCUGGACCUCCAGUGACCCUCUGUGAUGUGUUGCAGCCCCCCGCAUCCGCCUGCCAACUCUGCCCCCCUUCUUUUUGCAUCCUUGUCUGUUUCCAGCCCCGGGGGGGGGGGGUGAAGAGGGAGGCUCCCCUUUCGUCUCUCCCGCCCCUGCAGAUGGGGGUGUCCCCCAGAGGUCCUGUGAAGGCAGCCUGGGGUUUGGUCUUGGUGUGGGUGGGUGGGGAUUUUUCUCUUUAAAUCGGUGAUUCCCCCCCCCGCCCCCCCUCCGGCUGCCCCACUGCUCCAACCCCUCCUGCCUCGGGUUUCGCAGUGUCUGCCUGUUUACUGGAAAUACAUUAAAUGUUGGGAUUUUUAAUAAAAA